AUGCAUUUGCCAUACGAGUCCCGGGGCCGACGGCGCCGUGAGUUAGCUGAUAUGGAACCGUGGUGGUUGCAGUCUAUCAUCGAAGAAGCCCUACAAGAGUAUCCUGAUCUAGUGACAACGGGCAGUCCAGACUACAUGUGUUCAAAGCUGCCAACACACUGGCGAUCAAACAAGACAUUGCCUGGAGGGUUUAAGGUUGUAGCACUUGGUGAUGUGCUCGAUGGUACCUUGGUGACGGUCAGGGCUGGCAACGACGAGAAUUGUUCCGCCGAACUGAGGAACAAUUCGGCGGUGAUGAAAAAUAGGGUUGCUAAGUUCAAUGAUUUGAGGUUCGUCGGCAGGAGUGGAAGGGGGAAGAGUUUUUCCUUGACAAUCACGGUAUCGACGACUCCACCUCAAGUGACAACUUACCAAAAAGCAAUCAAAGUCACCGUUGAUGGACCUCGGGAGCCCCGCUCUAAAACUAGUACAAAUGUUUCACCGCACCAAAUAAGUAGGUUCGGCCUUCAGCGGUCACUAUUAUGUGACAGUGCAUCCUUGACUCUUCGCGAUAUCGAGUACAAAAGUUCGCCUGUGCGGAGUAUGAGGUCGCUGUCACACGAGGAGCGAGAGUACAAGACUAACGCAAAUCUUGCCACUGGAGAUGCCAGUGGCAAUAUCCUGGGUGCAAGCGAGUGGAACACGGGCUACCCUUCAACAACCUCUAUGUACCCUAGCUACGGGUCACUACAGCCGCCGUAUUACAAGCCUGAACCUACUAUACAUUUAGCUCCAGUUCCAUUGCCAGAACUUCCUCUAAGUCACACAGACUACGGCGGCUACCAACCGAGUACAACUAGCUUCAUGAAAGGCAGUCCUAGUGGCACCGGCUCUUCCUUGACGGAGCUCAAUGUACCAACAGCUAUGCCAAGCCAGCGUUGCGACCCUAACUAUUACAACUGGUCAACUAACACAUAUAAUUAUAACAAUUAUCAAUAUAAUAAUAUUAAUAAUAAUCCCGCUUGCCUGCAGUCCCAUCCGCCAUACAUCAAUACGAACCCACAAAUGAUACUCCCGAAUUUAUACUCAACAGUUAAUCAGAAUCAGAUUCAUGUUCACCUUCACAGCAGCUCAGGAGACAAACACAAUCUAGAUGCCCCUUGUUUCCCGGGUGAAAUCAAAAUAAGUGAUAUAGAUGGUGGUAUCUCAAUUACCACAGAAUUACAAUCGCCAGAAACCGGCGGUCUAGUUCAAACUUGUGAAACGAAUGAUGAAGUCAAACAUGGACUCUAUGGCGCAAGCAACCAAGAAGUUUGGAGACCCUAUUGA